AAGCCCGCGGUCACGAGUGCGUGCGGGGCCUCGGCGACAUGGCUUCGGAGCCGGACGUGCGCGCGCGGCUGCGGCGUGCCGGCCAGGAGCACCUCCUGCGCUUCUGGGCCGAGCUGGCGCCGGCGGCCCGCGCGGCGCUGCUGGCCGAGCUGGCGCCGCUGGAGCCGGACGCGCUGCGCCUGCACUGCCAGCGGGCCGCCGCGGCCUGCGCGCGCCCCUCGGGGCCGCCGCCCGGCCUGGCCGCGCGCCUGCGGCCGCUGCCCGCGCAGCGCCUGGGCAGCGCGAGCCGCAGCGACCCCGAGACGCUGCGGCGCUGGGCGGGGGAAGGUUUCCGGCAGAUCGCCUUGAACAAGGUGGCAGUCCUGCUGCUGGCCGGCGGGCAGGGCACCCGGCUGGGCGUCACCUACCCCAAGGGCAUGUAUCGCGUGGGGCUGCCCAGCGGGAAGACCCUGUACCAGCUGCAGGCCGAGCGGAUCCGGCGCGUGGAGCAGCUGGCCGGGGAGCGCCACGGGACGCGCUGCACCGUGCCCUGGUACAUCAUGACCAGUGAGUUCACACUGGGGCCCACGGCCCAGUUCUUCAGGGAGCACGAGUUCUUCCACCUGGACCCCGCCAACGUGGUUCUCUUCGAGCAGCGCAUGCUGCCCGCAGUGACUUUCGACGGCAGGGCCAUCCUGGAGCGCAAGGACAAGGUCGCCAUGGCCCCAGAUGGCAACGGGGGUCUGUACUGUGCACUGGCAGACCAUCAGAUCCUAGAGGACAUGGCGCGCCGGGGAGUGGAGUUUGUGCAUGUGUACUGCGUUGACAACAUCCUGGUGCGACUGGCAGACCCAGUCUUUAUCGGCUUUUGUGUGCUGCAGGGCGCAGACUGUGGCGCCAAGGUGGUGGAAAAGGCCUACCCCGAGGAGCCUGUGGGCGUGGUGUGCCAGGUGGACGGUGUGCCUCAGGUGGUGGAGUACAGCGAGAUCAGCCCAGAGACUGCUGAGCUGCGCAGCCCAGAGGGCAGCCUGCUGUACAGUGCCGGCAACAUCUGCAACCACUUCUUCACCACAGCCUUCCUCCAGACGGUGGUCAGGGAGUUUGAGCCUUUGCUGAAGCCUCACGUGGCAGUGAAGAAGGUCCCCUACGUGGAUGAGGAGGGAAACCUGGUAAAGCCGCUAAAACCGAACGGGAUAAAGAUGGAGAAGUUUGUGUUUGAUGUGUUCCAGUUUGCUAAGAACUUCGUUGCCUUUGAGGUGCUUCGGGAGGAGGAGUUCUCCCCGCUGAAGAAUGACCACACUGCUGCCCGAGACAAUCCCUCCACCGCCAGGCAGGCCCUGCUGACCCAGCACUACCGCUGGGCCCUGCAGGCGGGGGCCGGAUUCCUGGACUCCCACGGAGUCGUGCUUCCUGAGCUGCCCACCCCGCCUCCAGGUAGAGACCCUCCGGCCAUCUGUGAGAUUUCACCCUUGGUGUCUUACUGUGGAGAGGGUUUGGAAGUACUGCGAGGCCAGCAGCUCCCGUCCCUGUUCAUCUUGGAUGAGGCCCAGGCCAAGGUGCUGCAGCCACACAGCACCUGAUGUGCUCCCAGCCAGCGGUCUCAAGGUGGGAGCGAAGGCCAGCCUAGGGCUCUGGCGGGGGGUGCAAUGAUUUACAUCUCCAGCCUGUGGGGCAGGGUCGGGAUGUGCUGGUGUCCUCCCCUCCACCACCCAUUGCCUGUGGACGCAAGUGACUGCUGGCCUGCUACUGGCUCUUUGGUUUUAUCUCUGGCUGGGAGGGGCUUCGGGGUGGUGUGGGAGCUGCGGCUUCGUCUGGGGGAGCAGCGUGGGGUGUCCUCUGAAGCCAGCUCUGGCCAAGCAGGCCUGCUCUGCUCUCAGCCCUCCCAGAGCGCAGCUCUGCCCCCGCCUGAAGCAGUGACCAGCAGAAGCCUGGGUGUCACCCUGCAUGCAGGUGCUGGCCUUGGCACACAGAGGAGUCAGAUGCCAUGUUGAAGGCCGGCUCUGGGAGGGCCUGGCCGCACAGGCCAGACCUGGUGGCCUUGGCUUCCUCAGAUUUCUCCCAAAUCCUCUGCCUUUCAAGCAUGGCCACAAGCACGCACGCCUGCUACUGUGUGUGUGAGUACUAGGGCUUGAAUUUAGGGCCUCUUGGCCUUUUCUGCUUACAGCUGGUGCUUGACUACUUGAAUCAUUCUCCCACUUCCAGCUUAAUAGCAAUUGGAGACAAGUAUCAGACUUAUCUACCCAGGCAGGCUUCAAACCAGGAUUCUCAGAUCUCAGCCU